AUGGAUUCUGCUGCCCCUGCUGCUUCAAAAUACGAACAGUCCAUAGAAAGGUGCAGAAUCAUCAAAGAACGCCAAAAGACGUACCGCCAGUUAACUGGAGGAGAGGAAUCCACGGAGUAUUUCGAGCAACUCAGACGCGAGAGCUUAGAAGCAAUCAUGUCUUCGAUCUAUGUACCAGUUUCUAGAAAAGCUCAUGUUGUUACUGACCCGCCAAAGUUCGAUCUUGAAAGCUAUAUCGCAAAUUACAAAGGCAGAACCAGACUCGAGCGACUCUAUCUUAUCGGCGUCACCUCUACCUUCCUUGGCGUCGAUGCUUUAAAAAUGUUAAUCAAGGAAGCAAAACAAGGAAAGGAUGUGACUAUUUACAUGGAUGCUUGGGCUGCUUUGACCAAGAUUGCGCCAGAUGAACCAGAGGUCUUCAGAGAUGAUAAGUGGACUGAUGCUACGAAUAAAGCCAAUGCUGCGGAGGCUGCACGCUUGGAAACACAAUUGAAGGGCUAUAAGAAUAACUUGAUUAAGGAGAGCAUUCGUAUGGGAAAUGAAGAUUUAGGCAAACAUUAUGAAGCUACGGGUCAACUUGGCUUUGCUUUCGACGCUUAUUCUCGCAUGCGACAGGAUAUGAGCAUCCCAAGACACAUCGUCGGCAUUUCCAGACAUAUUAUCGAAGUUUGCAUUGAGAGAAAAGAAUACAUCGCAGUCCUUUCCACCGCUCAGAAGAUGAAAGGAAUAGCCGUCGGCCCAGAUGAUGAUAAGAUUAUCAAACCAUUCAUCCAUGCCGCUGAAGGUAUCGCACAAUUACAAGCUGCGAAAUAUGCAGAUGCUGCACAAUGUUUUCUACAAGCACCACCUGGAAUGGGUACAAGCUGCAACACAAUCAUCACUCCUAAUGAUGUUGCUGUCUAUGGAGGACUUUGCGCUUUGGCUACCAUCGAACGUAACGAUAUGCAAAAGUUAGUUCUCGAGAACUCCGAAUUCCGCACCUACCUCGAACUUGAACCACAUAUCCGCCGUGCCAUUCAAUCUUUUGUUGGUAGCAAGUACGCUGCAUGUUUGGAGAUCCUCGAGUCCUACAGAGCUGAUUAUCUACUCGAUAUCCACUUGCAACAGCAUGUUGAUGAACUUUAUACUCGUAUCAGAAGCAAGAGUAUUGUUCAGUACUUUAUUCCUUUCAGCUGUGUUACAUUUGAGACAUUGAAUAAGAACUUUGCGCCGCCUGGAAAGACUAUUGAGAAGGAGUUGGCGGAGAUGAUUAAAUGUGGAGAGUUGGAUGCUAGAAUCGAUCUCGUUUCUAAGACCCUCGUAUCAACACCUAAAGCGACCAGACAAGAAAUCCAACAAGAGGCUCUCAAGACAGCAAAGCAGGUAGAGCGUGAAGCUAGACAACAUUUGUUGAGGAUGAACAUUAUUGCGGCGGAUAUGGAAGUUAAGGGCUUGGGUAGACGGGGUAUGGGUGGCGCAUUGGCGGGGGAAUUGUUUGGUGGUAAUUAG